CUUAUUUCUACGAAUUGUUAAUUUGUCAACUUUAUCUGGUCACACUGUAGUUAGAUUCUAGAAUUUUCCAUGGGUUAACUUUAAUUUUUUCUGAAAAUCAAGUAGGUAAAACCAAGUAUGAUCUUCCACCGACCACGAUUUUGAUUAUUCGAAAAUCAUUGUACGUAAUAGUACGUUCCGAAAAUCUUGUUAGUAGUGGGAACUGGAGUUUAAUAUUUCAAUUUUUUGUUAUAACAAUUCUUAUUAAAAACUUUUCUAAAUUAAAGUGUAUUUUUUGUUUUGUUUUUUUCUAUUUAUUAAUUUGUAUUGUAAGAACUAUUACUUUUCUUAACUACCUCAAAAGGGCAUUUUAAUAGUACUUAAUUUGUAUUUGAUAUUAUUUAAAGUUUGAUAUCUAUAUUAUUAUUAAAAAUUUUAGAUGGCUAAAUGGGGAGAAGGAGAUCCACGUUGGAUUGUUGAAGAACGCCCAGAUGGUACUAAUGUUAACAAUUGGCAUUGGUAAAUAUUUAUUUAAACUAAUUUCAUGAUAAAGAUUUACAUAGGUACCUAGGUAAUAUUAGAUGAAAUUGAAUAUUACUUAGGUACCUAGGUAAUAUUAAAUGAAAUUGAAUAGGCAAUUUACAAUAUUUAAUCUACUUUAUUCUUGUAAGUAUGUUUAAUAGUAUUGUGUUGUUAUAUUCAAAUAAUUUAAGUGAAUUAAGAGAAAAAAGGCCUAACCAAAAACUUAUCUGGGGCUCUAGUAAAAUAAUAUGUAAAAAAUGUAAAAAAAAAUUUUUGUUAAUUAAUAUUUAUUACAAAAUUAUAACCUGUAUGUGGAUUGCAAGAUGUCAUUUUCAUUGAACUAGGUAAAUUAUUAGCUAUAUAAGGAUUUUAAAUUUUUUCCUUUUUGUGCUUUGAUUUAUAUUCAAUGUCUAUUUCUUAGUUUCUAAAUUGGCUUAUAUAUGUCUGUUUGCUUUCAAAAAUCUAUUAUUUUAUUACUUCUAUUUGUGAUCCCAAGAUUUUAUGCAAUUGAUCUGCUAUCUUGAUUUUUAUUGUGUUUUAUAUGGAUAACAUUCAGUUAAGUAGGUAGUUUGUUUUAUUAGUGUAUCUUACAUAAUGAUUAGAAGUCCAAAUAUUAUCAUUCUGUCUCUAUUUUUUUUUUUUUUUAAUGGUAAGAUUUGGGUUCUUUGUUUUAUGAAAAAAUUCUAAAAAAAUUAUUUGACUUUAUCUUUAGCAAAAAAGCUCAACAUUUUUUCAUUCCAGAAAUAGAACUAUAUAAACCAAAACUAUGUUUGUCACACAUUUGGACUUAAUGCUAUAAAAUACUAAAAACUUCUGUGUGACAUAUUUUGAGCAUAUGCAGUAAUGGUUUUAUAUUUUUUUUAUUUUAAUUAAUUAUCUAAUUUAUAACAUUGUGGUAUUAGAAUAACAAUUUUAUACUUGUUGUAGUACCUACCAUUGAAAUAAUUUUAAAAUUAGCAAUUAACUAGAAUUUGAAAACAACAAAUGAACAUGUAUUUAUUAUAUUAUACAAACACAAUAAAUGUUUACAUUAUAAUACACCAAAUUUGAUUAAACAGUCUUUAAAAGUAGCUAAUAAAAUAAUCACUUUUAUCAGGAAUGGUGAGUGUACUGAGUUUCAAUUUUGAGUUCUAUAGCCAGAAAAUUGCAUUCUAAAAAUUAUUUUUUAGUGGAUUAAUGGUGUACCUAUUUGGUUUUAAAUAUAAUAUCUUGAAAAAGUAUUUAAUUUAUAAAACUUUUGGUACUUUUAUUUUAUUAAGAAAAAUCUGUUUGUGAAAGUCUGCAAUCAUAAUUUUGUGUUAUCUAAUUUAGAAAAGGUUUGUUGUUGCUAAUAUUAAGGAUUGUAAUAUGUUUUUAGUUAAUGAAAAAUUCUACUACUUAACUAUACCACUAGAUGGAAGUAACUUACACUUUUAUUUAAAAUUUGUUCAGAUUAUCUUGUCAAAUUUGUUUAUGCAAAAAGUAUAAAACAUUAAAUUAUAAUAAUUGUGUGUGAAAAUUAAGAAUAUAUAAAAGUCUGUCCAUCGACAUUGUGAGUAAGAAAAUUGUUGUUUGAUUUUCUGUGUAGUUUUUCUAAUAAUGGAAAAAAAAACCAGGAUUAAACAUAGGUAAUACCGUGUUUAGGUUUUUAGUAAAAACUAGUGUAGAGAGACCUUUAGUUUUUAAAAAAUAUGUAUAUUGAACUUUUAUAAACUAAGUCAAAUUUUGAAAAUAUUUUAAACUUUUUAAGACCAAAAUUAUGAAAAUUACAGCAUUUCAAAAUAUAUCUUACCAAACUUUACUCCAAAUAUUUUUUCAUUGGUUUUUGCAAUGGUUUAUUUUUGUAUACUGAUAUAAAUUAAAUACCUCUAUUCAUCCUAUCUUUUCAACUUUCCACCUACAACAGUGGCUGUAACUGUCCCCAGGAAUAGCUCUUUUUUUUCACUUAAAAUUAUAUGUUUUGCUAAACUUAUAUAUUUUUUUUUUUUAUGGGAUUCAUUAAAAUAUUUUAAACGUAUAAAUAAAUAUCACAUUUAUUAAUUUAUAGCAGGGCUUUUUUUUCUUAGUAUGUUUAUAGUUUCUUUUAUUUUUUCCUCCCAUCAAUUUAGGUGAGUAAGUACCUACAGUCAUACAACUGUAUUUUAUAAAUAUUAGGUACAUUAAUUUACCUAUGAAAAAUAUUUAUUUUAAAUAUCUUUCUACCCACUAUUCAAUGAAUAAAUCCUGGAAUAAAAAUUCAUUAAAGACAAAAUGCAAAGUAAAAAAAUCCCCAAUACAACAAUAUAUAUAUAUAUCAAUAAAUUGACUAUGUGUACUAAUUUUAUUGUACUUCUAUAAUAUGUUUUAAUCAGUUUUAGUGUUUGGUGUUUUAGUACAUAUAUUAUAUGAACAAGAAACAACUUUCCAACCUAAAUUUACCAGAGUCUGAUAAAUUGACUGUUUUUAGUGGUAAAGUAGGCCUAAGUACUUAUUAUCAAUAGUUGAUUUAUCAAAAAACAUAUAUUGGGAUUUUUUUAUCUUUUGAUUAUGAUAUAAUUUAGCUACUUUUUCUAUAUUCUUUUUUAACUAUUUCUAGUAUUGUUUCGUAAUUUGAAAAAUUAUGUGUGGAUGUUAUUGUUAUAAUUUAUGUUUCAUUUUCACAUAGGUAUCUAAAAUGUAUUACAUUUCUCAAAUUUGUAUAUGUGCCAUAUUAUUUAUGCAAAUUUAUAAUCUAUAUAUAUCCUAAAAAUACCUUAGGAUUAAAUGGUUAAAAAUUAUUUUGCUUGUGUUAUAGGACUGAGAAAAAUGCCUGUCAAUGGUCAAAAGACAAGCUUAAUUCUUUAUUAGUUGGUAUGAAAUUAGAAAAUGAUGUAGCCAAAUGUGAAAUAUUAAAGAUAGAAAGUUGUGAAGGUGAAGCUGUUGCAAAUAAUAGAAAAGGCAAACUAAUAUUCUUUUAUGAAUGGAAUUUAACAUUAAAUUGGAAAGGAUAUUUAUCUGGUGCCACUAAAGAGAUAGAAGGCACAAUAAAUAUACCAAAUUUAAGUGAAGAAAAUAGCGUGUCUGAAAUUGAGGUAGAAUACUACAUAUUAUGUUUUAAUUUAAAUCUUUAUUUUGCAGUUAAGCAAUCUUAACCAAUAAAUUAAUUUGAUUGCAGAUAAAUAUUUCUGUAAAAGAAUCAUCCAAUGAAGCAACUGUGGUCAAAGACUUCAUUUACCACCAAGGGCGAAGUAAAAUCCGAGAUCAAUUAGAACAAUAUAUUAAGGAUUUAAAAGAAGGUAAUUAUAUAUUCAACUAAAUUAAUUAUUAUCCUAAAAUAUUUAUCUUUUACAAAAUUAUAACACAUGUAUAAUAAAUUAGUACUAAAAUUUAAAAAAAAAAUUCUGUAAAGUAGUUAAAUUGAUUAUAUCUAUUAUUUAUAUAGAAUAACAAAGAGAUCAUUUUAUACAUUUAAACUUAAAUUUCAUAAAAAGUAACACAUUAAUUUCAUUACAUUAAGAAUCAUAUUUUUUUAUUAUUCAUUAAAAAUGAUUUUAAGAUAUAGUCAUCUUUAUUAACAUAUUGCUAAAUGAGUAGUUAGAACUACUCUCAGUCAUAUGGGAGGAGGGUUGAAUAGUCCUCAACCCAAUGAAAAAUUACAGUAUUUAAGUUGAAAAUUUGAGAAUAUUAAAAAUAUCUCCCAUUCAACAAUUCUCUAACACUGAGCUAUUGCAUUACUAUAAUUUUAUAGUUAUAGCAUUUUAAAACUAAGUGCAAAUUUGACUGUCCAGUUCCAUUUUUCUUGUAAUAAUAUAUAGAUAUCAUGUAAUAUUUCUUAAAAAACAAAUUAUAAUAUUGUGUUACUUAUUGUCUUAAUCUUGUUCAUCCCUAUUCAUAGAAUUUUCCAAAGGCAUGAUACUGCCUAAAAAGGAUAAAGUUACGUCAUCAAAACCAUCCCUAUUCAAAGAAUCAAUACAAAGCGUUCACAAUCCUGAAAAUGUAAGUUUUAAAAAAUAUAUAACAUUAGUUUAAUUUUAAUUUAUUAACAGGUACAUUUAUUUGUGUUAUAGGGUGCAAAAUCAGAUAAGUCAAAGUCUAAAAUAGAUACCACUACUAUUGUAAUGGAUGUAGUGUUCCAAUGUAGUGGAGAUGAUAUUUACAAUGUGCUUACAACACCCAAUGUUAGUAAACAAAUUUAUAAAUUAAUUUUUUUAUUCUGCCAUUAUUAUUUCAUUUUUACAAUCUUUGGCAAGUUUCUAAGCGGUGUCACGUCAUUUUGACGAGAGAUAAUAGAGCACAUGGCACAUGGCACAUUUCGAUGCAUUUUUCAUUUUUAAUUAUUAUUGUUGUUUUAUUUUUGAAAUAAAUGUAUAUGUAAAAUAAAAUAAAAAUGUGUCGAAUUAGAGUUUGCGUCAAAAUGACCAUGUCCAUUUGACACAUGCCGAAAUUACCGUGUCAGUGACGUAGAUUCCUUCUAAGCUUAUUAAAUCUCGUGUAAAUAUCUAUUCCUCCUGCACAACUUUCCAGUUGAGAUGUACAAAUUUCUUAUUUUCAUCCCUCAAUGUUCUAUUAUAAUGAAAAACAAUUCUUAAUUGGGACAUAAAACAUACCCUAUUGCUAUAUAUCUUUAUGACUUCUAUUAUGUUUCUUCAACUUGGGUUAACUUGCCUGUUAAUUUGCUCAUUGCAUCCAUGUCUCCAUAUAAAUGUAUAAUAUGUCUUAUUGAUAUAAGUAAGUAAACUCCACUUAAAAGUUUUUAUUAUGUUGCUUAUUUUUGACAAAAGUUAAGAUAUAUUAUUAAAAUUAAUUUAAUAAUAUAACAACAUGGAUAAAAUCCCUUAAAUAUAAAAUACAAUUAGAAUUUGAAAUAAUGCAAUUUGAUGACUAUUAAAUUUGAAAAUAAAACUUGCAUAACUUAAUUUAACCAAAUUUUUAAACUAACAGUUUUACAUAUUGACAAAUAACAACCAUAUAUGAGUUAUUUUUAGAAAUUAAUAUUUAAUGACUAAUUUUAAAUUUUAUGUUUAAGUAUUAUAAUUUCAGUAUUCCAUAAUGUUGACAUAUAUGAACGCAUUUUAAUAAAAAAAAAUACAUUGUUGAUACUGUUGUAUGGAAUGAUCAUGAGUGAUUUUAUUUUACUUCGUUUCUUGAUUUUUGUGAUUUAAAUCCGGUUUAAUAUUACCAGCCUUCGUAGUAAUUAAAAAAAACACUAAUAUAUGUUUAUGUUUAUAGCUUGUAUCAGCCUUUACUAACCAAUCUGUUGAGUUUCAAGCGAUCAAAGGUGGAAAAUUUCAAUUGUUUGAUGGCAAUAUUACUGGAGAAUUUAUUGAACUCGUAAGUACAUAAUAUGUGUAAAAAAAUAUAGCAUAAAGUGAUCCACCUCAAAUAAUAAUUUUAAUGUAUUUGAGUUCUUUAACUCAAUAAUGUCUAUUAAUUUAAUAUAGUUUUAUACUUGUGUUUAUAUUUUAUAACUAGGCAAUUGAAAAUAAAUAUUUGAACAUUUACUUUUAUAGUUUUUUUUAGUAAAAUUUAAAAUAGUUUUUAGACAUUUUCCAUAACCAUAUAUAAUUUGUAUGUAAAUAUAUUUUAUUUUUACAUUUUUUUAUUGGUAUGCCUAUACUAAAUAAAACUUAAUUUUUAUAUGUAUACAUAAUUUUAUUGUAUUUGUAUACAAUGUUAAUUAAUUGAAACAAUUGUGAUAAAUACCUAGAAUUACUUAUUAUACUCAAAUUUUUACCAAUAAAUUCAAAUGCAUAUCACUCACGCUAUAGUUUAAAUAUAAUUUUUGAUAUUAUUAUAAUUUACUUAGAAUCCUGGAAAGAAAAUUGUUCAAAAUUGGAGAACCAAACAGUGGCCUGAUUGGUUAUACUCUACUGUUACUGUUAUUAUAAAUCAACAAGAUGACCACACAAAAGUUAAAAUUACUGUUGUAGGAGUACCUAAAUAGUAAUACACAUUAAAUACUUAAUUAUUUUAUGGGGUUUUGAUAAAUUCUUGAAUUUACAUUUUUUUAAAUUUUUUUUAGUGAUGAAGCUGUUACUCGUCAAAAUUGGGAUAGAUACUACUUCACGCCUAUUAAAAGAACAUUUGGAUAUGGCAUAUUACUAUGAGUCUGAACAAUACUACAAAAUCUUUAAUAUGGUUUAUUUUGUAUUUAUUUUCAAAAUAUUUAACUUGAUUAUAUUAAAUUUUUGCACCUAACUUAAGUGUAUUCAAAGCGUUCUAAUUUAUUAUUAAACAUCUUCAGAAUGUCGUAUUUGUUCCAUAGAAAUUCAUUCAUACAUUAAGAUUAUUUUUCAAUUUCUGUAACUGAUGUAUAUCAAUAGAGUGAAAAAUAAGAAAAUAAAAACCUGGUUUUUUUUUUUUUAUUAAAUUUGAAGUGUUAUUUAUUGUUCAAUGUUAAUACAAUUUAUCUAUUUUGAUACAAACAUUCAAAAAAUAAUUGGUUGACAUAAUAAUAUCACGUGUGAAUAGUAAUUUUAAAAUUAAAUCAAUUUUGGUGGUGCUUUGAAAACCGGAGGUGGCAUUUCUGAACAUUUUUUAACAAUAUUCCUUGUGUUAGAACAUUCUGAAUCUAUUAACAUUUAGAAUAAUAUUAAUUAUACUAUUAAUAACUUAUUUAGUUUUACUUACUUUCAACCCAUAUAUCUUUAGGACAAU